UGAAGCCCACACAUCCAUGAAAUGUGUUGGUUGGGUUGCCUGUGCUGGUGAAGUACGGGUUGUAAUUGCAUAAAGCGCGCACGUACUUUGCAUUCUUAUCGCUUAAUGAUCAGGUCUUGAUUGUGGGUAGCAUACAAGUGCACCGCAACUGUGGUCGUUGUCCAGUACCAGGGUAUGAAAAGCGUGAUUGUAUUGCUGGAAAUCAAAAUGAAUAUUCCAGUAAUCAGAUAACUUAAGUAACAUUUGUUACACCAGUAGAUGAUUAUAUCAGCAGCUCCACUCAGCCAUGCCAGGAAUCAGCAUUCGGCGAGCAAAAAGAUAUGGCCUUCACACCAUCCUGGCAAGACGUUGGCUGGCUAUAUAUGCUUCAUUGCUAGCCAUGGCAAUUGUAGCUAUUCUAUACUAUCUCUCCUUGGAAGAUGAUCCUGACAAUGUGCUUGGCUUCAACACACGCGAGAUGCGGCUGGCCGACCGUGUGCAUGAAAUGGAGGAGCAGAAUGUGAUGCUGCGCCACCAGCUGGCCGCCGCGCACAACCAGCUGGUGGCCGUGCUGGACGAGACGGGCGGCAACGGUACGGCCGCUGACCGCGCCCAGCCGCCAGAGGAGCCGCUGAGCAAGUGCGCUGAGGUGUCGGUGGUGAUCGUCUGCGCCGGCUACAACUCCACCCGCUCGGUGGUGACGCUCAUCAAGUCGCUGCUGUUCUACCGGCGCCACCCGCUGCACUUCUACUUCCUGGUGGACGAGGUGGCCGAGCAGGUGCUGUCGCACCUGUUCCACACGUGGGGCGUGCCGCAGGUGGAGCUCACCAUGUACCGGAUCGACCGGAAGAUCACCGAUGAGGUCGACUGGGUGCCCAACAAGCACUACUCAGGCGUGUACGGCCUGGUUAAGCUGAUGCUGCCCAAGGUGCUGCCCGUCACGCUACGAAAGGCCAUCGUGCUCGACACGGACAUCACCUUCGCCACGGACAUCGCCGAGCUCUGGAGGCUAUUCAGUCGAUUUAAGCCUGGACAGAUGCUGGGCCUGGUGGAGAACCAGAGCGACUGGUACCUGGGCAGCCUGUGGAAGAACCACCGGCCGUGGCCGGCGGUCGGCCGCGGCUACAACACGGGCGUCAUCCUGAUGGACCUGGACAGGAUGCGCGUGCACAACUUCCAGCAGGUGUGGCGGCUGGUGGCCGAGAAGUACCUGGUCACGCACUUCUCCACGCAGCUGGCCGACCAGGAUGUGAUAAAUGCUGUGAUAAAGACCCACCCGGACAUGGUGUAUCGCCUGUCGUGCCAGUGGAACGUGCAGCUAUCGGACAACACGCGCUCGGAGCGCUGCUACACGGAGGUCACCGACCUCAAGGUGAUUCACUGGAACUCGCCCAAGAAGCUCAAGGUCAAGAACAAGAACGCCGAGUUCUUCCGCAACCAGCACCUGACGUUCCUCGAGUACGACGGCAACCUGCUGCGGCGUCAGCUGUUCUCGUGCCCGGCCGGCGAGGAGCCGAGCUGGCGCGACCAGCUGUCGCGGCUCAGCGAGGAGGACGAGUGCUACGACUUUCAGCGGGCGCGCGCCACCGAGUACCGCACCCACCUCUACUACCUGCAGUACGACAUGGAGUCGGCGCGCGCCGGCGGCGGCGUGACGCUGGUGGCGCAGCUCUCCAUGGACCGGCUGCAGAUGGUGGAGGCGCUCUGCCGCCACUGGCAGGGCCCCGUCAGCCUGGCCGUCUACAUGUCGGACGCCGAGGCCCAGGUGUUCCUGCAGUACGUCCAGGACUCGGACGUGCUCCGGCAGCGCACCAACGUCGGCUACCACGUCGUCUACAAGGACGGGACGUACUACCCGGUAAACUACCUGCGCAACGUGGCGCUGCGGGAGGUGAACACGCCGUACGUCUUCCUGGCCGACAUCGACUUCCUACCGAUGAUGGGCCUCUACUCUUCCCUCAUGCGCGCCGCCGGCGACCUCUUCAGCGAUAUGAACACGCCCAAGGCGCUGGUGGUGCCAGCGUUCGAGACGCAGCGGUACCGGCUCUCGUUCCCGGGCAGCAAGGCCGAGCUGCUCUCCAUGCUCGACAUGGGCGACCUCUUCACCUUCCGCUACCACGUCUGGUCCAAGGGUCACGCGCCCACCGACUACGGCAAGUGGCGGACAGCCACCACGCCGUACCCGGUCAAAUGGGAGGCGGACUUCGAGCCGUAUGUCGUGGUGAGGAAGGAGGAGAUACCAAUGUACGAUCUCCGAUUCGUCGGAUUCGGUUGGAACAAGGUGUCGCACAUCAUGGAGCUGCACGCCCGUGGCUUCCAAUUUAUCGUGCUUCCGAACGCGUUCGUCAUCCACAUGCCGCACGCGCCCAGUCUGGACAUCGCCAAGUUCCGCACCUCGCGCCAGUACAGGCAGUGCCUGAAAAUGCUGAAGCAGUCUUUCGUCAAAGAGAUGGAGGAAAAGUAUGGGGAAGACUUCUCAUUCGUUGUAUGAGUCUCAUUAACUGUAUGCUUUACACAUGUGGUCAACCGACCGGCACGCUGCUUACUGCUGAGGUGCCAGAGUGUAUGUUGCCUUGAAGUAUUUUGUAAACAACCAUGCGUGUUUUUAUACGGGAUUUAUACGCGGUUGAUCUGUACGCGGAGGCGGGCGCGGCGCCGCCGCUCGGAGGUGGUCGGCGUGCGGGGCACGGGCCCUGGCGGCCAUCGUGGCGCGGUGCGGUCGUUUGGGGAUCUCAUCUGCCGGCUCCGCCGCCGCUGCUGUACGGACCAGUCCGCGGCGCCCGCAGACGCCCGCGUGCGGACCACCUGUCAGUGAUACCAGGAGGCAGCCCGCAUGUUGUCGCGAACUGCGCUGCGAGUCGAGGGUGGCUGGCGAUCCUGAGAGGAAAUUCAAUGAAGAGUAGAAUCUGAAGUGGUGAAAACGAUGAACACUUAACUGCAUUGUUUUUAGCAUUGUAUGUAUGGGCGCAGGCGUCUGUGCGGGCUAUGCCUGUGACUGGCGGCCCCUGAAAGGGACGGCGAGGCGUCUGUGGUCCGGCGACUGAGGCUCGUAACCACGUACCUGCAAAGAGAAACGAACUGGCUCGUUAGCCACGCCUGGAGCCCCGUUGGUCGCCAGUAGGUAGAGUUGCGCGUUGCUGUUCGUAUUUAUUACAUUGUGUCGGGGCUGUAAGGUCCAGGAGAUUUGAUGCAAAAUACAACUGCCUUCAUAUAUUAUA